CGACACCAUCCGGUUGCUCCGACACCACAAACAUCAGAAGAAGCAAAGGAGAAGAGACAAAACCCCCUCUCGUAGUUUCGCGACCUCUCUUCCUGCCACUGUAAUGGCUCUGAAGGCUUCACCGGUCGCCGGAGUAUUCACUCCUCUCCGCCCCACAGCUUCCACUUCUAAUCGCCCUGUUACCCUCAGGCUACUUCCCCUCCGGACAUCCUUCUUCGGAAACUCCGGUGGAGCUUUGAGAGUGAACGAGCUCAGAUUAGCUUGUGGAAACAGAUUGAAAUGCAAUGCUCAUGGUCCUACUAUGAAUCUUUUUGAAAGAUUUUCUAGAGUCGUCAAGUCGUAUGCGAAUGCGCUUAUAAGCUCCUUUGAAGACCCUGAGAAGAUCCUGGAGCAAACUGUUAUUGAAAUGAAUAGUGAUUUGACCAAGAUGCGUCAAGCCACUGCACAGGUUUUGGCAUCACAAAAGCAGUUGGAGAACAAAUAUAAAGCUUCGAAGCAAUCUUCUGAUGAUUGGUACAAAAGGGCACAACUUGCUCUUGCAAAAGGAGAUGAGGAUCUUGCACGUGAAGCCCUUAAACGAAGAAAGUCUUUUGCUGACAACGCUACUGCUCUGAAAACUCAACUAGAUCAGCAAAAGGGUGUUGUCGACAAUCUUGUUUCAAAUACGAGGCUAUUGGAGAGCAAGAUACAAGAGGCGAAAGCAAAGAAAGAUACGCUCCUUGCACGUGCUCGCACUGCUAAGACUGCAACCAAAGUGCAAGAGAUGAUAGGGACAGUGAAUACAAGCGGUGCUCUAUCAGCCUUCGAGAAAAUGGAGGAGAAAGUGAUGGCUAUGGAGUCUGAAGCGGAUGCACUUACUCAGAUUGGAACAGAUGAACUUGAGGGAAAGUUUCAAAUGCUUGAAACUUCAUCAGUGGAUGAUGAUCUUGCAAACUUGAAGAAAGAGUUGUCCGGAAGCUCAAAGAAAGGAGAGCUUCCUGCAGGGAGAAGCACGGUGGCAGCAAGCACGGCAUACCCAUUCAAGGACUCGGAGAUCGAGAACGAGUUAAACGAAUUACGAAGGAAAGCUAACGAGUUUUAGGCAACUUCUUUCUGUACACAUACUAUUUAUGUUUCUUGUAGUAAAAAAGAAAAACACCUAAAGCAUGUGCGUGGUUAAUAAGUAAAUUUCCAGCCACCUAAUGGUCAUUUAUAACUUGGUUAAAUUGGUAUCCUCAUCUAAAUCACUGGUUUUGAAAGGUGGAUCAUCUUAUUGGCAUCACACAUCUUUACAUAUUCAUCAUGAAGCUCAGCCUAGUGAUUUAGAUGAUACAACGAGGCUGAAGGUGUUGCUCCAAACCGACUUCAUCAGCCUCAUUUCAAGGCUAGUUUAUAUUAACAGUUCCUGAAGGAUGGCACGAGAGGAGCUUGACAUAUAUCUGUACAUAUAAGGUGUAUAUAAUAUAAAUUUAAUAGUCAAUUACAUUGUAGGACAAAUCAAUUGAUACUGAGUUGUAACAACUUAAAAGUUGUUUAAAGUAGUGAUA